AAAGAAAACAGAUCUAUGGCGAUAUCAAACAAUGAAUAUUUAGGUGUAGGGAGUGUUGGUGUGUGUGUGGGAGUGUCUAUCUACAACUACUGUGAUGAGUGGACACUGUGACUUGUUUAUCUUCACUAAUCACCACCAUUGACCCAGAAAAGCUAGAGCUCAGCUAGUCUAUCAAUAUAAAUACACCCACAAUUGAAGCAAACACGUUACUUGUGUUAUCUUCACUAAUCGCCUCCAUUGACCCAGAAAAACUAAGUUCAGCUAAGCUAUAUUAAUACACCCACAAUUGAAACAAAACCAUUAUUACUUGUUUUUGUUUUUGUUUUUGUUUUUGUCAAAGAAAGCAUUGAUUUGAGAGUGAGAAAAUGCCUCAGGGUGGAGAGUUUGAAGGAAAUGUCAAUGUUAGAUCAGAGGAAGGAAAUUAUAGUCCCAAGGAUGAGCGAAGAAAGCCGCCUCAGUCUGAUUUGGGGAGUGUAGUAUCAGCGAUAAUAAUGAAGUUGCAAUCUGACCCAUGUUCUGUGACUGCAGUAGGGCGCUUAAUUUCUGGAUAUUUGUACAGAGAUGCCUCCACUUUGGGUUCUUCGUCUUCUCGAUAAGUGUAGAUAAGGAAGUCAAAUCAGCACUGGCAGAGCAAAAGCAUCCGUGUAACAAGAAAUGGGUCUCUGGGAAUGAGAUACAGCUUUCGAAAUCAAGAAGCUUGCAACUACAAUUCUUGAACAAACCCUCUCCUCCAGUAUUGACCGGAAUGAAAAUUAAAGGAGAGGAGUAUACCUCCAUUGGAGUAGCUUUAGUUGAUGGUCUUACAGGAGAAGUCGUUAACACGGGCCCCGAAGCGUCAGCAAAGGUGCAAAUAGUAGUUCUUGACACGGAUGUCAAUGGCUAUGAUGGAGAUAAUUGGACACCUGAAGAAUUCAAGAAUAAGAUUGUCGGAGAAAGGGAAGGACAAAAACAACUUCUUAUGGGAGAUGUUUACCUUAAUCUUAAAGAAGGCCGUGGUAUUAUAGGUAACAUUUACUUUAAGCAUACCAAAUGCUGGAUGACAAAGAAAGAAUUCAGGCUAGGUGCAAGAAUCAUGGGUGGUUUUGAUGGAAUUGAAGUAAGAGAAGCAAGGACAGAGCCUUUCAUUGUUGAGGAUUCACGUGGAAAAUUGUAUCAGAAGCACCACCCUCCGGCUCUAUCUGAUGCAGUCUGGAGAUUAGAAAAGAUUGCUAAAGAUGGUGCUUUCCAUAAGCGUUUGACAGAAGACAACAUUAAAACUGUGAAGGAUUUUGUGACUCUACUCAAUAUAGACCCUGAGAGGUUAAAAAGGAUCCUUGGUGUGAGGAUGUCUGCUAUGAUGUGGGACAUCACUGUGGACCAUGCCCGAACAUGUAUACUUGAUAAGAGGGCAUACUUGUACUGUCCUCCCAGCUCUCAACAAAAAACUACUGUUGUUUUUAAUGUAGUGGGGCAAUUGGUCGGGCUUCUUAUGGAACAACAACUCAUUACCGUGGAUAAGCUGUCUGUGACUGAAAAGGAUGAUGCCCACAAUUUGGUAGUAUCAGCAUUUCAACAUUGGGAGCAAGUUGUACCUAUUGAUGAUGAGGCAUCUCUUACGAUGGGCUCUCAACAGUUUGCGAAUGCUCUCCACCCCUCAAACUUGACCACGCCAGAGAGUAUAGAUAGUUGUAAUUUUGACACUCCUGAUAUGUAUGCCAAUGCACAGCAAGGUCCCACAGACAUCAUUUCACUUGGGGUUGCUAAUACUUUGGACGACUUUGGCUUGAUUCGUGUUGAAGAACUGGAUUAUAUAAGCCGCCAACCUUUUUGUUUACAAGGCGAAAUCCCUAACUUCAGGAUCUGUGGCCAGGAUUCUGUGACACAAAAUAUCAACUACAAGCCUGAGAACUUGUUUUGGAGCAGCGGGGAAGAGGGUAUUGAUGAUAUCAAUAAUAGAUAUGAACAACCUUUGAGUUUCACAAGCCAAGUCACCAGCCCCCUAAUCUGCGAUACAGACUCCAUGAUUCAGGCCUUCUGCGAGGAUGAGCUUCUGCAGUUUUCUGAUAAUCAUCAUCCCCUUCAAUGUAACAACACAACCUUGCAAUCACAGAGUGAUCCACACAAUGCUGUCAAUGACAUACGAUUUGCACGUUCUGUGGCUGUUACCAAAAAUAAAGCUCAGAGAAGAUGCUUUUCUAAAAAUAAUGCUAAGCGAAGAUGGAGAAUGUUGUUCAGCAUAAUGAGGUGGUUCUCGGUGAGGAGGAAUGUCGCCAAGAAAAACCCUUUCGAUGAAAUUAAUGAAUUCUCAAUUGCCCCUUCUCCAGCUAUUAAUCCAUCAAUUUGUGCUAUUGAAGCUGUGAAUAGCUCCAAUGAUCAUUUGGAAUCACAGGCCAACCUCCACAGUGCUGUCAAUGACAUUCUGUUGGCUCGUUCUGCAGCUGUUGCCAAAAACAAAGCUCAAAGACCAUACUUAUCAAAAAGAGAGAAGGCUCGGAGACGAUGGAGGGUUUUAUUCAGCCUAAUGAGAUGGUUCUCAGUGAAGAGGAAUGUGGCUGGAAAAACCCAUGUUAGAGAAAUUCCAAAAAACCUUAGUGCCUCUUCUAUCAUGCCAUGUUCCAUAGGUGGCAUGAAUAGCUUCAAUGAUGAUGGUUUUCAGAGUACUGGCGAUAUGGAACAUAGAUACGAACUGGCUUGGACUUUCCCUGGUUACGUCACCAAAUCCAUGACUGGGGCCUUCUGCGAGGACAAGCAAACGAGGGUUUUGGAUACUCAUUGUGCGGUCCAAUCUCAGAAGUCUGAUUUGGAUCCACUGGCCAAUGUAGACAGUGCCGUCGAUUACAUUCCAUUGGCUCAUUCUUCAGCUGUUGGCUUGAGUAAAUGUAAAACUCACCGAAGGUACUUACUAAAAAGAAGUAGAGCUCAGAAAAGAUGGCGAAUGCUAUUCAGCGUAGUGAGAUGGUUCUCCGUGAGGAGGAAUGUGGCCAGGAAAACCUCCAUCGAAGAUAUCCCAUUUAAACUGAGUACCUCAUCUCAAGAUAUCAUGUCAUUCAUCUCUUCCAUGGGGAAUAUGAAAAGCUUCCAUAAUGAUGGUUUGCAAAGCACUGGCGACACAAGCAAAUUAAAUCAUGGAUAUGAACAAUCUAUGCCAGGCAAUGUCACCAACUCCCCAAUCUGCGACACGGAGUGCAGGACUCAGGGAUUCUGUCAGGAUGAACAUCUACAGGUUUUCAAUACCCAUUGUUCACUCCGAUCUCAGAACCCAAAUCUGGAAUCACAAGCCACCCUACAUGACACUGUCAAUGACAUUUUAUUGGCUCGUUCAACCACGGCUGCCUUGAAUAAAGCUCAGAGAAGGUACUUAUCAAAAAGGUACGAAGCUCGGAGAAGAUGGAAAAUCUUAUUCAGUGUUGUGAGGUGGUUCUCAGUGAGAAGGAAUGUGGCCAAGAAAGGCCAUGCCCUAGAUGUGCAGAGGUACUGAUAAUGAGCAGCUUGAAUCAGCGUUGUUUGCACUUGGACUGAGGUAAGUUGGACUGUCCUAAUAAGAUGUCAGGGUAGUUUGGUAAUUAUGGCUUGUCACUACUGUGCUGGAUGGAGAACAAUAGCUAGCAAAAUGGGACCAGAUUUUUGCCCAGAUUUUCAUUGUGUGGUGGAGACUGAUUUGGUGUAUUGUGGGGUCUAUAUUUAGAAUGAAUGUCGACCACAUAUUGAUAUUUCAGGGUUAAAAUUCUGGGUAUGUAGUAUUACUAAUCAAAAUAAAUUGUAAGCUUCACUUAGGUUAGUUGGUGGAAGUCUAUUAGUUGUCUUGCUAGGUGCUAUGGAUCAUAUCACACCUUCAUCUGACUGGAGGGGGGACUGCAUAAAGCUUAUUGGCUAUCUGUUUGAUUGUCAUUGGAACAUAUUAUUAGACCAUUUAUUUUAGUAAAUUUCUUCUGAAUUGCUUGCCUUUUU